CAGAACGUGUGGCGCGCUGCUCUCCUCGGCGCCGUGGUCCGCUUCACGCGUGCAGCCACUACAUGUACAAACACGCUCAGGAGAGCACUCCGCUCGCUGCCUGUUUGGGCGACACGGCAAAUGGCGAGCGGCGGCAGCGUCGACCCUGGUCCCCGCGAGACUUGCCAAACUCCUGCACGUCGGAAAGUCAGAGCCUCCUUCUCGCCCACUCAUCCUCAGAACAAUCAUGCACUCACCUGAGCAGAACAACGCCCGUCUCCCAUGUGGUCUGACGUACUGUACGCCUUUGCAGCGAUAUGAACAGCCCACGUCAGCCACGGGUUCCGAAGCCAUGGCCAUAUAACAGAGCACACUUCCAAAACACUCAUCUGCACAGCCCAUCAUGAUUCAACUCGGCCUGCAAGAAGAAUGGCUCUCGAAUGCCGUCGUCCCGCUCGCUCACCUGCGGGACUGCUUUUCCAUAUUGUACGCAGCUGGCGUGCUGGUCGUCAAGGAUACCAUCGCCUCGGCAAUAGUGCCAACCACCAACGCACACCUCCAGCAUUGACCGAAUUGGGAGACGCACGAGCUUCGUGGAGCAGCACCUUUCAAUUCAUCCUCUUCUAACAUAUCGUCACCACUUUUGACAAUCGUCUGUGAAUCUAGAAGCAAGCACGCGGCUUACGAGAGAUCGAGACCAGGACCUCAUCACUGCAGCUAACAAACUUCCGGACAAAUCUCGCUCUGAAAUCUCGACAUCAUCGCUGGAGAGACGUCCUUCUCGUGCUGUGCUUGACCAUGCCUGGCUGGGGGAAUCCUGACAGACGGCGACUGAAAGGCUUUGGAUGAGCGGCCCGACAGCAGCGUCAGGUCAGCUUCCAUUUACCAUCGCGCUGUUGUUCGAGCUUUGCAAGUCUAUUUCGCUCGCACUAACAGCUUUGCAAUAGGGCAAAUAUGCCCCAUGAACCGCACCGCUGGACGAUCAUACUCGUUCCUGGCGCCUGGCAUGUUGACUUUCACUGCCAGCCACCGAUCCCAUUCUUCAAGGAUGCCGGUUACGACAUUGUACCUCUCCCACUGGCAGCGGCAGGAGACAGCAACAGCACACUAGAGCAAAAUAUCUCAAAGAUCUCACAAGCGAUCACGACACAACUGGAGCGUCCACAUCAGCACGUUGCGGUCAUCUUCCACUCAGCUUCCGGCUUCCUCGGCACAGAAGCAGUCAAUCGCGCACUCGUCACACACCAUUCAGCGACUGAACGUGUUCGCAUCAUCUACCUCGCCUCAGUCCUCGAUUGGACGCCCAUCGUAGCCCACCUGGCCCAAGGCGGUUUUCUACGUCUCGACCUGGACGCUGGCUACUUCUGGUGCGACGACGGCUACAAGCUAUACGACGAUAUGAGCAGAGAAGACGCACGACCAUUUGUCGAAGCCCUCACAUUUCAGAGAGUCAUCGAUACGCCAGUUCUUAGCUCUGAAGCUUGGCGGAAAUGUGAUUUGACCCACGUAGUGACUACCAAAGACAAAGCAAAUCCGCUGGAGUGGCAAAUCAAAAUGGCAAAGGAUUAUGGAAUGAGAAUCGCGAAGAUGGAGACUUCGCACUGCCCGUUCAUCAGUGCUCCGGAGUAUUUUGUACGGACUAUUGAUGGGGUGCUGAGGGAAGGGUCAACGUCAACACCAGUGCCAUGA